CCAAAGUUGUAUGAAGAGCGAAAUUUAGCGAGUCUCACCUAACUCGACAUGCCUUCUCAUUCGAACGCUGCUCAAGGGAGGCAGCCUAGCGCAGAAGAACAUCAUCAGCGUACUCUUGUCCGCAUUAAGCAAAUUCAAUCGCACCUCUCGAACUCUCCGCGCGGGCAGCGACUCAAAGGUAAAACUUGCGUCAUUACCGGUGUUGGAUCGUUGCAUGGCAUAGGCCGUGCUUCUGCGUUCUUGUUCGCACAUGAAGGAGCGACUCAUCUAUACUUGCUCGAUUUCUCACAAGAGAAUCUUCCUGAACUCAAGUCAACGAUUGAGAACUCAUAUACGGACGUGAAGGUAACCACCAUUCAAGCCGACGCAGCAAAUGAGACCGCCAUAGCAGCUGUCUGUGAACAAGCAUUACAAGAUGAGGGUCGAUUGGACGUAUUCUUUGCCAAUGCUGGUUUCGCAAGUGAUAAGACGCUUUCCGAUUUGACCGCAGAAGGUUUCAUGGAAAGCAUGCGAGUCAAUGCAUUGUCCUGCUUCCUUGCCGUAAAGUACGGUUCCGACGCGAUGAUGAGGACUAAUUCGUCGAGAGGGAAAGAUAUUAGUGGAGGAAGUAUCAUUUUGACUGCAUCUGUGGCAGGGCUACGGUCCGGGGCAGGGACCAUAGACUAUAGCGCAAGUAAAGCGGCCGUGAACUCGAUCGCGAAGACAAGCGUAUAUCAACUUCAGAAGACUGACAUUCGCGUGAACACAAUCUGCCCGGGCCUGAUCGAGACCAAUAUGACCAAGGACAUGUUCGAUUCUGCUCGCCAACGAGGCAGGGAGAGCAAGAUUGGUCAAUUAAACCCGAUGGGCCGCUUUGGCGUCGCUCAAGAGAUUGCUCACAUGAGCUUGUUUUUGGCUUCGGAUGAAUCGAGUUAUGUCAAUGGACAGAACAUUGCGGUUGAUGGGGGGCUUUCGUCAUCGCACCCUGUAGUCCCAGGACGGUGGGCCUGAUGGGCCGUCGCACUAUCUCAAACCGCAUCUUUCAGGGAUCUCCCGUAUCUUUGUCACAGUGUUGCCUUUGUACUUAAUACUGAUUGAAUCAAUGCUUUUUAAGAAGUU